AUGGCACCCCGCAGCCGUGGAGGAAAGUUCUCCAAACCAUCACGAGGAGGAGGAAAGCGCUUCAGCCGGGAUGUCCAGCCCACCGAUAAAGACGGCAACCCCGUUGGUCUCUGGCGCAUCUAUGAACUAAUCCGUAACCGCCGCAUACCCCAGGACCCUGAGGAUGAGAUUCCGUCAAGUGGAGAAGAGUCCUCUGAGGAGGAGGAGUCCUCUGAGGAGAGCGACGCCGGUGAAGGGCCUAGCACGGAAACUUCUGGAGCCGCAGACAUGACCCGCGAGGCUCGGCGAGCGGCCGCCAAGAAAAAGAAAGCAGAAGCAAUCGCCAAACGACAGAAUGCACCCGCGCAGCCAGGCGAUUUGCCGCCCUCCGACUCGGAAGAAGUUUCGGACGACGACGACUUGCCCGCGAACCCGAACCACUCGGCGAAGUCACGGUCACAGCUUAAGGAGCCGGGGUCCGAUGAGGAGAAGCCGGAUAAAGGUGUGAAAGACCUGUCGCAGCUAUCGCGACGGGAGCGCGAGGCCAUCGAAGCCCAGCAAGCGCGGGAGCGGUACCUGAAGUUGCACGCGGAGGGGAAGACUGAGGAGGCGCGGAAUGACCUCGCUCGGCUCGCGGUUAUUAGGGAGCAGCGCGAGGCGGAACGGGCCCGGAAGGAAGCUGAGAAGGAAGAGAAGGCUGAGCAGGCGAAGCAGCGUGAGGCGUCGGUUAAAUCGCGCGAGGAGAAGCUCCGGCAAGCAGCCAUGAGAAAGAAUAAGCCUGGGAAGAAGAAAUGA